CAGGAUAGUCCCAACCACACUAGAUAAUUUCUUAGUUGGUUUUAUUUUGGGUGUUUCUGCUUCGUUGCGGUCUCGCUCUCUCUCUCUCUCCGGCCACUUCAUCCUCCCACCGAAGCAGCCCCUCAACCAAUCCCUAACAGACGCAACCUUCUCUCUUCAGCUCCUCUUUUCAACCUCUGCCGGAAUCCACCAAUUAGGUUCCGAUCAACCUCUCACAGGUUAGAGGGGAAGGGGCUGUAAGUGAGGAUGAACUUGCAACAAGCUGGGCAGCCUAAAUCCUCCAAUGGAUAUGGCCACCGAAAAUCUGAAAGAGAAGGGGCAACUAAAUCGGAGAAUAAGAUUCUGUCUGGGAAAUUAAAUGCCAACAGAUUGGCAAAUGCAGUUUUCACAGGUGCAGUGACUGGCAGUAAAGGUGGCAGUUAUGAGAGUCCUUCACAUGACCGAUUAGUAUAUGUAACAACAUGUCUUAUUGGGCACCAGGUGGAAGUCCAGGUGAAAAAUGGAUCCAUAUACUCUGGAAUAUUUCAUGCAACAAACACAGACAAAGAUUUUGGAAUCAUUUUAAAAAUGGCUCGUUUAACUAAGGAUGGUUCUUUACGAGGACAGAAAUCUGGCACAGAAUUUGUCAGCAAGCCCCCUUUGAAGAUUUUAAUUAUACCUGCCAAAGACCUUGUUCAAGUUACAGCACAGGAUGUUGCUAUUACCAGGGAUGGCUUAGCUAAUGAAUCUCAUCAUGAUAUGCAUCAGGAAAUCAUGGUUGAUUCAUUGAUAUCUCAAUCUCGUCACGUUGAUCUAGGGAGAGAAUUAAAACCCUGGGUACCUGAUGAAGAGGAUCCACAAUGCCCUGAACUGGAAAACAUAUUUGAUGGCCAUUGGAAUAGGGGAUGGGAUCAGUUUGAAACAAAUGAGGCAUUGUUUGGUGUGAAAAGCACAUUCAAUGAGGAACUUUAUACAACAAAGCUUGAAAAAGGGCCUCAGACAAGAGAAUUAGAAAAACAAGCUUUAAGAAUAGCAAGAGAAAUUGAGGGUGAGGAAACCCAAGAUCUUCAUCUUGCAGAGGAAAGAGGCCUUCACUUACAUGAAGCCUUUGAUAUUGAUGAAGAAACUAGAUUCUCUUCAGUCUAUAGGGGUAAACAUGUUGAUGACAGUGGAUUUGAUGAGGACAUACUGUUUGAUUCACACAAUUCUGAAACUUUUGGUGAUGAAACUUUUGGUGGUGUGUUUGGUUCGGUCGUUAAGAGGCCUGGUGAAAUAAGUGGUGGAAAAGGAAAUGAUGGAGCUCGAACAUUGGCAAAUUCUUCCUCCAUGGAUCACACACAAUCUUGUCAAUCAAAUACCUGUGUGGAUUUAAGCCGCUCUGGUUCUUAUGAUCAUGCGAAGCAGUUAGCAUCGGAACUCCCUGCCAAAAGCUACUCCACAUCAGAUGGGGAAAGCAGGAUUCAGGAGAACUUGAAUAGUAAUCAACAUGGAGACAAUGCUAUUACCAAGGAAGAAAAUCCAAUUCAAGUUGAGGAGGAUGUUCAACUGUCAAGAUCUGAGGAUUCACAAGGACCACUCUACUCGAAGAAGGAUGGCUCUGAUAAAGGGGUAUUAUCUCCUAAUGCCAGUUCUUAUGCCCCUUCAUCUCAUACUUCAUCUAAAACUCAUGAGAAGAUGGGAUCACAUGGAGAUUUGAUCGAGGGUUCAGCAUCGGGCAAGGCUAAUGGGGAAACGAAAUCUGUAAAUUCACGUGGAAUACCAUCUGGGUCAGAUUUGGUUGGAGGCAUUGCAGCAUCUUCUGUUCCUGGUUUAUCUCCAAGUUCAUCAGUUUGUUCACUGUCUUCUGAAAAAUCAACUCUGAAUCCCAAUGCAAAGGAAUUCAAGCUUAACCCUAAUGCAAAGAGUUUUAUUCCAUCGCCUGCUCGGCCUCCCACUCCAGUGUCUGAUGGUUCCUUCUAUUUUCCAACUAACGUAACUACUGUACCAAGUAUGCCAGGCAUGCCCGUGGGUAUUGGAAUUGGACCUACUUUUGCUGGGCCACAACCUAUCAUAUAUAAUCCUCAGGUAGCACAAAUGCCGUCUCAAGGAUAUUUUCAUCCGAAUGCACCCCAGUAUGGACAGCUUCUUGGUCAUCCUAGGCAAUCUUUAUACAUGCCGAGUUACUUGCCUGAAAUGCAAUACAAGGGACGAGAUUAUUGACGACUUGGCUAUUCGUAUUCUUGUUGGCAAGUCAAAUCCUUGCAUGAAAAGAAUAAACUAAGUGGUUGUCCUGAAAAGUUUUAAACGAGGAUAUCUGCAGCUGAUGGAAAAAUCUCUAAAGGCUUAUAUUAUAUAUUACUGCCAGGUUCGCUAAUUCUGGGAUAUAAUUUUAUGACCUUGUGUUAACCCAUACAUCUUUUGGGGUUUCUCAGGCUUUGGCCGUGCGAUAGAUUAACUCAGAUUGACCUUUUCCAUCCCUCUCUUUUUAACUCUUUAAUGCCAUGAAAAAUUUACUUUUUAUAACUUUGCUCAUUCAUCCGACACUCUCCAACCAUUGGGUUGUUGCCAUGUUAUAUUUUUUACUGGUAAAAUUCUUAUAUCCUUUUAAUGA